CGCAGACAAACGGUCAUACUGCUCUGCUGCUGGUUUAUUUAUAAAUUAAUUUCUCUCUAUCUCGGCUCGUUCGCUUUGUCUCGUCGCCCGCGACGUGUUGUUUUGUGAAAAUUUGCAUCGCAUUUUUGAGCGCGUGCAUUAGUGUUCGUCGGUGUGUUGAUGUGCGAGGAAAAGAGCGAGGAAAACGCUGCGAAUUGCGAUUGCUAGAGAGAUCGGGAAAACAAAACAUCCCAAGCAGCAGCAAGCAAGCCAUCAAAAUCGUAACCUUGGGCGUGUGUUAAUCAAGUGAUCCGUACAUCCCCGCCUCUCCCCCCCUUUUAUCAUCAUACAUACCACCACCAUCUCUACAUCCAACGAUUUUGAUCUGGAUUACUCGGCUUGUUGGAUUGUUGGGUCUGUUUCGCUGGCGUUUCUGUUUCCGUGCAAACAUCUGGCGAGAUAAGGGCCUAUAUAGUUUCGCCACCGCCACAGUCGCAGUCCCCCCCUCUCCGCUCCCCGCCAGCCAACGACAACGACAAGAACAACAAAAACUUGGUUGCAAAAACGGUGCUGAACUUAUAGUUUCGCCUUUGGACAGAAGAGACGCCCGCGCAUCGGAACUUUUAGCGAAAGAUGAUUCAUGUGGGCGAAAAUACGUGGAACCUGCGGAUCCUCAUCACGGAUCUGCAGGUGGAGAAGACGCUGCGCGUGAAGGGUGACCAGCACAUUGGCGGCGUAAUGCUGAACCUGGUGGAUCCGGAGUUGCCCAAGGAUUGGUCCGAUCACGCCCUGUGGUGGCCCGCCAAGAAUAUCUGGCUGACCAGGACGCGGUCCACUUUGGACCAGGCCGGAGUUCAAUCGGAUUCCUUUCUGCACUUCACGCCCAUGCACAAGACACUGAGGGUGCAGAUGCCCGAUCUUCGUUAUCUGGACUACCGCGUCAACUUUUCGGCCAAAACUUUCGGAGCCGUUGUGAGCUUGUGCAAGGACCUGGACAUUCGCUAUCCGGAGGAACUGUCUUUCUGCAAGCCCCUGGAACCGGAGCAUCUGAAGAAGAACUUCUCCAAGCUGCCGCAGCGAAAGAUUCCGGUGGCGGAGGCAAAUGGAAUCGCAUACGUGCAGCCAGCGCUGGACACCAACUCCUUUGUCCCGAUCACAGGAGCCUAUAACGGUAGCAAUGGCAGCCUGGAUCGCUCGCACAAUGGCAAUCUGCUGUGCGCUCCGGCUUCACCGUAUACCCGACGGGCAGCCACUGCUCCGGGAACACCCAUCAGCUCGCCCACGGGCACCUGGAAGCACAACUCCACUGGCUAUGCUAGCUACGAUUCCAACUCUAGUUUCGGAGACCUCCAGGAGAAUCUGGCCAUGUCGCCAAGGUCGCCCAGUCCGGAUGUACGAGCACGCUUGGUUCGACCCAAGUCCCGGGUGGAGAAAGCCCGUCUCAACGUGGGAUGGUUGGACUCGUCCCUUUCCAUCAUGGAGCAGGGAGUUAGGGAGUAUGACACUCUGUGCCUGCGCUUCAAAUACUUCACGUUCUUCGAUCUGAACCCCAAGUACGACCAAGUGAGGAUCAAUCAACUGUACGAGCAAGCCAAAUGGAGCAUUUUGAACGAGGAAUUGGAACCCACCGAGGAGGAGACCCUCAUGUUUGCCGCCCUGCAGUUCCAGGUGAAUCAUCAGACGGAUCUGCAUCCCCCAGGCAUCGAUUCCGGAAUAGAUACCUCCAGUCAGGAGACUGGCGGCGAGGACGACAUUGACUCCGCUCUCAACGAGCUGCAGAUCACACUCGAAGGACCAGGAGGUGGCAAGGAUCAGGGCAACAUCACCAGGAUACCAGAGCUGUCGGACUAUUUGAAAUUCCUCAAGCCUCAAAGGUUCACCCUUAAAGGAUACAAGCGCUACUUCUUCACCUACAGGGAUCUGCAUCUGCACCUUUACAAAUCGCAGGAUGAGUCCAGGCGGGGAGCUCCCACCAUCAGCAUCAAUUUGAAGGGCUGCGAGGUGACGCCCGAUGUUAACCUGGCCCAAGGAAAGUUCGCCAUCCGUCUGGAAGUUCCGUCAGAGAUCAGAAAUGGUCCGAACAGUGAGGUCUGGGUGAGAUGCGACAACGAAGAGCAGUACGCCAAGUGGAUGGCAGCCUGUCGUCUGGCCGCCAAGGGUCGCUCUCUAGCCGAUAGCUCUUACGACAGCGAAGUUAGCAGUAUUCGCUCGCUGCUGCAGAUGCAGAAACCCGCCCAGGGAGCUCCGCUCACCGUCAACCCGCGAAGUGUUGAGCCCAUGGAUUACCUAUCGCCCAAAAUGAUGCGCAAACUAUCCAGCAAGGCGGUGCAGAGGAUCCUAGAGGCCCAUGCCAACGUUCGCCAGCUGAGCUUAAUGGACGCCAAGAUGAAGUACAUCCAGGCUUGGCAAUCUCUACCAGACUUCGGUGUUACUCUCUUCAUCAUCAAGUUCGAUGGACACAAGAAGGAGGAGCUGUUGGGCGUGGCCAACAAUCGUAUCAUGCGCAUGGACCUCAACACCGGCGAUCACAUAAAGACCUGGCGCUACAACACAAUGAAGGCCUGGAAUGUUAACUGGGGCAUCAAGUGCAUGAUGAUUCAGCUGCAGGACGAGAACAUCGUCUUCUCCGUGCAGUCGGCCGACUGUAAGGUGGUGCACGAGUUCAUCGGCGGCUACAUAUUCAUGUCCAUGCGAUCCAAGGAGAACAACCAGACGCUGAACGAGGAGAUGUUCCACAAGCUGACGGGCGGCUGGUCGUAAACGGAUUGGCGCAGUCUGGAGCAUUGGACUGGAGUCUUGAGUGCCAAGCACAAACCUCGUCGCAUGUUCUACAGUUUUAUCUACAUAUAUUUACCUAAUGUAGGGUGCGUUGAUUUAUGGGUUGACUGGUAAUCUGUGGACCACACCAAGCAACUUCUUCGUAACUCUAGUUGUUAGUUUCUCAAUGUUUUUUUUCUGUUCGGUUUAUCAACCUAAAUACGUAUAUAUUUUGUAAACAACUUUGACGGACUAGUGUCCGACACCAGAAGUUGGUUUUCUUUUGUCGGCAUUUACCUAAAAAAAAAAAUAAUUAACUUUAUAAGUAUAAGUCUCUUAAAUUUGUGUUGUCCAAGUUGUCCAAGAAGUUGUCCAACGAUUACCUACAUUUUUAAUCAACCCAGUCAGUCAACCCACCCAAAUCGAAAGCGUUCGUGUAUAAGUGUUAAUGGAAAUGGAAUUCUAGACUAAUAACAAUCACCACGCUGAUAACGAUUAUGAUAACGAUGUUGUGCCUUCGCCAGAGCAAUCUUAACCCAAAACAAGUCCAAGUCAAUGUCCUGUGUUCUCUGUGUUGUCUGUUUCUAACACAGCGUUAAAGUUACACUACUUAAGUCCAUUUUUUACCACACUUGUGCGGACUUGCGCGACUAACCCGCAGUUUUAUAUAUUGUAUAUUUAUUAAACAAAUUAAUAAGCAGAAUAAAUUAUUUUAUAUGUUUUUAAUGACCGU